AUGCCUGAGAAAUAUCCAUGGUGGUACGGUGGGUGCGGUGGCCUGGUGGCCACCUUCUGCACCCACCCUCUGGACUUGACAAAAGUCCGUUUGCAGACUGCUCCGCUAGGCGUCGAUGGACGCAAGCCAAACAUGCUGCGCAUGAUGGCCAGCGUCGAUGGACGCAAGCCAAACAUGCUGCGCAUGAUGGCCAGCGUCUUCCGCAACGAAGGUCUCGUGGGUCUGUACAGCGGCCUGUCGGCGGCCGUGCUGCGUCAAUGCACGUACACCACGGCACGGUUCGGGUGCUACGACCUGCUGAAGGAGCACGUCAUCCCGCAGAACCAACUGAAUAACAUAUGGUACCUGUUGCCAUCGUCCAUGUUGAGCGGCGCCAUUGGUGGGCUGGUUGGAAACCCGGCAGACGUGGUCAAUAUCCGAAUGCAGAACGACACCUCGCUGCCAGUGGCCAAGCGCCGUAACUACCGCAACGCCCUCGACGGGCUUUACCGCAUCGUCCUCGUGGAGCAGAACGGAGGUGUGCGCCGGCUGUACGCCGGAUGGCAGCCAAAUCUAAUGCGAGGCGUCCUGAUGACCGCCUCGCAAGUGGUCACAUACGACCUUUUCAAGAACUACCUGGUCUCCACCCUGCACAUGGCCCCCUCGGAGAAGAAGACACAUUUCACAGCUAGCCUGAUGGCAGGCCUCGUCGCCACCACCGUCUGCUCGCCAGCAGAUGUCAUGAAAACACGUAUAAUGAACAGCCACAAGCAUCACGAACCGGUCCUUGCUUCUUUGCUAGCAGAGAUCAGGAACGAAGGAAUAGGCUUCAUCUUCAGAGGCUGGGUCCCAUCGUUCGUGCGUCUGGCACCUUUCACUGUCCUCAUCUUCUUGACAGUGGAACAAUUGAAGAAACAUCGCGUGGGCAUGCCGUCACGUGACACGGCCACCACCGCCCCUACCACCGACUAA